CCUUGAAACUUAUUGUACCAGACUUCAUAUCGAAGAGUGUCAGAAGAGCCCACCAGAUAUACGAUAAUUGGCCACGCGUUCCUUGAGCGCCAUACACGUUACAAAACGGAACAGACCAACACCACAAACAACGCAACGAAAGCAUCACCAACAUGGCAGACCAAAAAGACUGGAAAGCAGAGGACUUUCCUUGCACCCUCACGCUCAACAUCCCCUUCCCAACCCCCCGCCUCGCCCGCACCGCCUCCCUCGCCCUCUCCGUCGACGCCGAGCUCUCGCCCCUCGUCCGCCGCGCCUUUACGCUCACCACGUCAUCCGACUCCCCAGAACAAAACAUCCUACAAGUAAACUACGCAGCAACCACAAAUCGCAUGUUGCGCGUUGCGGUAAAUGGGUUUAUAGAGAGCAUAGGCGUUGUGAUUGGUGUGAUGAAGGAUUUGGAUACGGAUGUUGUUUAUGAGGCUACGAAGGACGGGUUGGAGGGGGUGCAGGGGUUGGAUAAAGAAAAGGUGGGCUGAGGAGAGGUAUAGGAAGCAAUAAUUUCCAUGUGCAGGUCUGCAAGCUGGGAGGUGCGAUGCGCAAGGCCUGGGAAGAGAGGGAGGACGAGAUAAGCGUUGAAGAGGCUGUUAGAAGGAUUAGAGUAAAGCCCACCACACGCACCAGGGGUAAACCAAGAGAUAUGCCAGGAAUUAGGCAUGUCGCGGAUGGACAAUGGCCGAAGUUGUGUUGACCAUGAGAU